AUGACUACUGAGAUCAAUGGAGACUUCAGCAUUAAUGAUAACCAUAUCAAAGUCCAAGCAGCAAAGCCAGCGCAAGCGAGUAAUGUAAAUUGUGAUAAAAUGACUUUAAAAACUUCUAGAGUGAAUGAAGACAAACCACUAUUAACUGGUACAGCUACACUCUACAACCAAAAUGGAAGUAGUUUUCUUUCUCCAUCUCCUAGAACAUUACCUGUUACAAACAUUUCUAGUGGUCCAAUGAAUGAAUCAUUGGAAAAAAAUGGUGCUAAUGGUGGAUUGACAUCAGAUUAUAAUCCAUUGCUAAACCGACAAUUAGAAAAUCCAACAUCGAAUUUUGAUACCAUGAUACAUUUACUAAAGGGAAAUAUUGGCACUGGAAUCUUAGCUAUGCCUGAUGCAUUCAGAAAUUCUGGUUGGGUUGUAGGUUUAGUGUGUACAGCACUUUUGGGAGCUGUUUGCACACAUUGUAUGCACAUAUUGGUUCGAUGCUCUCAUGAAUUAUGUGUCAGAACUCAAAGACCAUCUCUUUCAUUUCCUAAUGUCGCAGAAAUGGCUUUUGAAUAUGGGCCACCCAAAUUACAAAAAUAUUCAUCAGCUGCUAGUAAAUUUAUUAAUACGUUCCUAGUUAUGACUCAACUGGGAUUUUGUUGUGUGUAUUUCUUGUUUGUGGCCACUAAUUUACAAGAGGUGAUAACUCAUUACUUUUCUGUUAAAAUGUCUGUUCAAUCAUAUUUGCUUAUACUACUGGUGCCAAUGAUACUUUUGAAUUGUGUAAAGAGUCUAAAGUACCUGACUCCGGCAUCUUUCUUGGCAACCAUAUUAACUGUGAUUGGAUUAGGAAUAACAUUUUUCUAUUUACUUCAAGGGCUUCCAAAAACAUUAAGUGUUAAAGCUUUUUCUUCUUGGCAACAGUUACCCCUUUAUUUUGGAACUGCAGUUUACGCAUUUGAAGGCAUUGGAAUGGUUUUACCAUUGGAAAAUAACAUGAAAAAUCCAGAGUCUUUUGGUGGAAUGACUGGUGUUUUAAAUACUGGAAUGGUCAUUGUCACAUGUCUGUACACGUCAAUUGGAUUUUUUGGAUACUUGCGAUAUGGAGACGCUGUUAAAUUAGGAAGUAUUACAUUGAAUCUUCCUUCUGAAGAUUUGUUAGCCCAAAGUGUCAGGGCAGCAAUGGCAUUCUCAAUAUUUUUGUCUUAUGGUCUCCAAUUCUAUGUUCCAAUAGGUAUUGUAUGGCCUGCUUUAAAAGGAUAUUUUCAUUCACAGUCUAGUCAACGUAAUGCUGAAUUGAGUAUCAGAGUGUUUCUUGUCACACUAACAUUUGCUUUAGCAGCUGCCAUUCCAAACCUAUCAGCAAUCAUCUCAUUAGUGGGAUCAUUCAGCAGCUCAGCACUAGCACUGAUCUUUCCACCUAUUAUUGAACUCAUGACAUUCUGGGAUCAUUGCUCUGGUAGAGAGUUUACGCUGAUGUUUGUUAAAGAUAUUAUUAUUAUUAUUAUCGGUUUUCUUGGAUUUGGUUUUGGAUCGUAUGCGAGUUUAUGGAAUAUCAUUGAACCCAUAAGCAGUUAA